AUGUGGCAGAACGACCUGUUGAGUAUGGAAACGACUAUUUUGCGGUCCAUUCUACAACGCGCUGUAGAAAGCACAGUGGCUGCUACAGCCGUUGUCGUUGGUUCUUCAAUUCUACUGAUAUUAUUCUUUGACUGGCUCAAUUACCAAAAACAGCGAAAGCGACUUGGGAAUAUUCCCGUUGUAGGCGAUGCGCCAUAUCUAUGGAAGCGGCUUCGUUGGACUGAAAAUGAGUCAAACUUGAACGGUGUUCUCCAACGCGGUUACGAUACGUUCAGCAAAAAGUUGAAACCAUGGGCGUAUUGGGGCCAACAUGACGAUUUCAUCCUUGUGCUUCCUCCGGGAGCAUGCGAUGAGGUGAAAAACGCGGAUAUAAGUCAGAUGAGCUUCUUACAGGCUGUCGAAGAUAGUUAUCACUUUAAACUACACACCAAUAUCCUUGGUCGUGCACACGUCGACGCUGUCCGGCAAUCAGUAAACAAAAAUAUGAGUCAGGAACCGUUCGCCGGAUUUCUCGAACUUUGGCAUCUGGUGCAUACGGUUGCGGCGUCAUUCCUCAUUGGGCCUCAUUUCGCGAGUAAUCCAGAGUACAUGAGCUACAUCGAAGAUUACUGUCUCAAUGUGCCAGGUUUUGUUCACCAGUACUUUUGGGUUCCCGCCCCGCUCCGGAAGAUGUUUUGGUAUUUAUCGCCUGCUGGCUCCAGGGUCCGGAAAGUGAUUAAAAAGUUGAAGUUUUUCAUCAUUCCUGAAAUCCAACGAACAAUUCAGAUUUGGCGCACGAUUGGACGAUCGGAUGAGGAAUACACAUUGCUCGGAGCGAUGCUCGAUCUGAAAGAAGAGCGGGGCAUGAUCAAACGCGAUGCUACGGCUAUGAGCGAAGAGGAAGAAAAGCGACAGAUCGACAUAUUUUCUGAUGAAGUCAUUUUUACAGCCUUUGACAGCGCAGGUCCGGUUGUAUGCCUCGUCACUCAACUUCUCUAUGAGUCUAUUCGGGAUGAAAAGCUUACGGAAGCUUUGAGAGCUGAGAUUUCCACAGCACUUGCGAAUAACAACGGUGAAUGGUCUGUGCAGAUGAUGAGCUCUCUUCCUCGCCUGGAAAGCUUCACGCGGGAAACUCUCCGUGUCAAUGGUCCAACACUAUUCAGUGUCACGCGUUCGGUGCUUAAACCGUUUCAGCUAAAGUCUGGCCUUGCUCUACGACCUGGAAACAUCAUCACGUCGCCGUCCUGGAUGAUCCACAGAGACGAAGACAACUAUCCGAAGGCACAUGAGUUUGAUCCCUAUCGCUUUUAUGACGAGACGACCAACACUGCCACUACAAAGGCCACGACUGCAAGUAAUACAUUUCUAGCCUAUGGAUACGGGUCGCAAAUGUGUCCUGGCCGCUAUCUUGGUGUUCGAAUGACUCAGAUUAUUUUUGCCAAGCUACUGAUGCGAUACGAUGCUCUGUUUGAAGGUGACAAAAGAGCGAAGCCGGAUAACAUUGUGAUGCCAGGCCAGGUACUCCCAUCAUAUUAUGCCAAAAUUGUGCUGAAGUUGAGGAAUGAGGCAAAGACGCACGAGUAA